AUGAGCAGAUCAAGAACAACAACAACAACCGGUGGAGAUGAUCAUGGGCUGAAGCUUGACCUAAAACUGAACCUAUCACCACCAAGAAGCCACUGGCCGGUGACCGAAUCACCCAACCGGUCCUCACCGAUCACCAUAUCUCCUACAAACUCAUGCGUGUCAUUAGAACAAGUUCAAGAUGAGACGGUGGACCUCCGCUACUCAAGUAGCCCGGAAACAACGUCGAUGAUGUUGGCCGGAUGCCCGCGAUGUUUGAUGUAUGUUAUGCUUGCUGAGGACUACCCUAAAUGCCCUAAAUGCAAGAGCACUGUUUUGCUUGAUGUUGUGCUUGACAAACCCAUGAAGAAGAUGAGAAGUUGA